CCUGGCCACUAUCUUGCCAGGCCAUAUCCCUCACAUUUCAAUUUCCACAUGAACAACCAACCCAGAACGAGACCCCACCUCCCCCAUCUCCAAGUCGCCCUGCAUCAGCAACGACGACACCUCCGCAUGACGCAGAUCCUUCGAAUGCUGCAGCGGGGGCCGCAGAGCCACCUGUGGUCCCAAAUGACCGCGCUCGAAGUAGCGGCCUUGGCUAUCAAACUCGAAAGACUCGUAUACCGCGGCUUCCCCGACAGCGUGGGGAUCAUGCCCGACGAUGCCCUCGAAUUGCGGAUGCGGCGGGUCAUCAACCUCAUCUUGAACGCGACCAAACGAACAUCCAAAGGUUCGCCCCCCGCUGGGUCGAAACCACCGACCAUUGUGGCAACUUAGUUCGUGGCGACUCGCCUCUAUUUAUCGGUCUUGGCUGUAAGCCACUUGACUCAACUCGAUUCAACAUUUCUUCUUUGCGGUAUCCGAGAGCACACAAAGCCUGUGUCGAAAUAUUGCGCGCAUUUGCUGUCGCAUACAUCGACGCCAACAUGCGCAGGGAGCUAAAACGAGCCGUUGAAUCGUGUGGCCAAGUGAGUCAUGCGCUCGCAAUGAGGUAAUCCGCCGAGGUCACGGAGAGUGGAGGAAACGGAAGGAGCGAUGCAUGUGUAGUUGCCAGCGCCGGAACAGCGGGGCGAGGAUACACUCGUAUCGACGGCAUGCGAGGUGUGCGAAGCCAAUAACAUUAUAACGUUAUGUGUUGUUUGGA